AUGAGGGAAGCAGAAGUUGAUUCUAAUGUCAUUAGUAGGUGCAGACCAAAGAGAUCCGAGCAACGUCGCUCAUUUGGAAAGGAUAGUGAUGGCUUUAAAGAGGGUCAGGAUUUUGUCCGGUUCGAAUCUACAGUUUCUUCUUUCUCUACCACUGCUACGACAGAACGACUCUACUCUUUGGUACAACAUAAAAGGAAGCGGGAUGCUGGUUCUGCCAUGGGCGAUAGUGAUGAUGUUGAAGACAUAGAAAGCACUACCACGUUAGGUCCACCACCUGGAUGUCCAUGGAUGGGCCGUCGUCGAUAUUCAGAUCUACCCUCGGCUCCAAUGAUGCUGACUCAGGAACUUAAGGAUUUCGUGGCGUACAUAAGUCCGACUCAAGAGGAGCAUCAGGUGCGGACCUAUGUCUACCAAAGGGUCUGCAGGGCAGUUCAGGCCUUGUGGGAUGGUGCAGUCGUUGAGGUCUUUGGAAGUUUCGAGACUCAAAUAUAUCUGCCCACAAGUGAUAUCGAUAUGGUUGUAUUAAGGCGAGGAAAUUUUUCCGCAGGGGAGCUCCACGAAUUGAGCAGGCAUCUGAAGCAUUUGAAGGUGACGGAGGAUGUUGAAUGUAUCACAAGAACGAAAGUGCCUCUCAUCAAAUUCAAAGAGAAUAUCAGUCAGCUGUCGGUGGACAUCUCGUUCAAUGUGGCGAAUGGGAUACAAGGAGCGAUUCUGACGAAGCAGUAUAUGAACACGGUUCCAGGAUUACGCCCGCUGACGAUAUUGAUCAAGCACUUUUUAAAAUUAAAUCGAUCGAAUGAGCCCUUUCACGGAGGCAUUGGUUCGUUCUUGACGAUGGUCAUGGUUUUAAGCUUCCUUCAGAUGCACCCUAUGAUUCAGAGUCGAAUGCUGGAUCCAGAAGAUAACCUUGGAGUGCUUUUGAUUGAAUUCUUUGAGCUUUAUGGCUUUCACUUUAAUUAUAGUGAAGUGGGAAUCAUGGUUGCUGAUGGCGAUGCCAAUGAUUGUGGCAUUAGUGGUACAGGCGGGGCUUAUUUCCCGGCACCACCACCAACGGAUAAGAAGAAAAAAGGAAGCAAUCGCAAACGCCUUGGUAUGAAUGCAUUGGAUCCGAACGACGUGAAUAACAAUAUUGGACUGGGCGCUAGGAACAUCGAGAGUAUCCGACCUAAAUUUGAAUACGCUUUUAAGCAUUUGGUUCAGAAUGUUGAAAGCCGCCAUCGGGAUCUGGAGAAUGAGGGAGAGGAAAAAAGGAAGGGAAAUGGACUACAGACAUCAUUACUCAAAAACGUCUUCUGGAUUCCAGAUAAAAUCAUGGAAAGUCGUCGACAUAUUGAAAGCGUGUAUUAUGGGCGGCACUUCCCAAACUUGUUCGCGAGCCAAGGUCAUUAA